CUACCCAAUCGCCUUCUCACGCCCGUCUCCACACCAUCUAUAACCCCAUCGAGAUCUUUGAUCAUGCCUCAAACCGCCGACAAUCUCCUCAGCGAUCCUGAAAUCGCCACUGCCUACGAAGAUGUGCGAUCCGACAAGUCCGCAACAACAUGGAUGAUUCUAAAGUACAUCUCCGGAACCUCGGAUUCAUUGAAGCUGGAUAGUACUGGGGAGGGUGAUAUUGCUGAGAUGGUGGAGCACUUAGGGGAUGAUGAGGCGGCUUAUGCGUUUGUGAGGAUGACAGUGGGGAAUGAUGAGUUGUCGCAGAGAGUCAAGUUUGUGUUUGUUUCUUGGUGUGGUCCCAACACAAGAGUCAUGCGUAGAGCAAAGAUGACCACUCAAAUCGGCCAGGUCAAGCAGGUCUUGCGAAGCUAUGCCAUCGAGAUUCAGACGGACAGCAAGACCGACCUCAAGGAGUCAGAAGUUACCAUGAAGUUGAGAAAGGCCAUGGGAGCCAACUACGAUCGCCAAACAUCAGGCUACUAGGCAUUCAUAACGCAAGCCAAUAUCUCAGAGGACAUAUAGGUGGCUACAUACAUAAUAG